GCCACAUCAACAGUACCACAUCAACAAUGACACGUCAGACACAAUGCCACGUCAGAGUGCCACGUAAGCAGUGCCAUGUCAGACACAGUGCCACGUCAGCAGUGCCACGUCAGCAGUGCCACAUCAGCAGUGCCACGUCAGACACAGUGCCACGUCAGCAGUGCCCCGCCACCAUGACGGGCGCAGCUCUGGGGAUGCCCGACCAACUGGCCAAUGAGUCCAUUGCCGAGUACAAAAAGCAUUUCCAGGCUCAGCUCGCUGCAAUCGAGGCUGAGGAAGAACGCCAGCUGGCAGCCAAGGCUGCCCAGCUACAGGCUGAAGAAGUGGCAACAGCAGAGAAGCUGCGGCUACAGGCCGAAGCAGACGCAGAUACCCAGGCUCGCCGAAAGGAAGCCCAGGAUCUGCUGCUGCCGCACGAAGCCAACAGCAUCGACAGACUCAAGCUGGUUUACACAUGUAACCACCUGCAGUCCGAGCUGGCAAACCUUCAGCGGGCUGUGCGGAACCAUAAGACUCAGCAUGAGGAUGCCACACGGGCACUGGACGCCCGUGUACUGGACCUGGAACAGGCUGUACCAGGACCAGCUGCUGGGGCUUCUAGCAGUGCAUCCUCUAGCCGCCAACUGGAGGAACGCGUUGACCACGUAGUGGCAAUGCUAGGAGACAUAAGUGCCUUCACAAAGCCGGCCACCAUCAGCCAGCGGUUCGAGUUGCUGGACACCAAGAUCAGUCAGCAACAGCAGACCGACCACAGCCACAACAACAGCUCGGCGAGGCCAUACAAGAUGCCGACGUUCCGGAUCGAGAAAUUUGAUGACUGCACACAUCAAGACCCGGUCGUCUGGUGGCAAGGAUUUACAACGGAGUUGGGGAUCCACGAGGUCCCUGACCAUCUGUUCAGCAGUGCUCUGUUCAUCAACAUCAAGGGAGGAUGUCAGAUCUGGCUCAGCCACAUGGCAACCAUCCAUGGCGUCCAGGUUUCAGACCUGCACAAGAAGGUCACCUGGGAGGAUAUGACAAAGGAAUGGAAGAAGCGGUUCAUAGUGGAUGACGCACCCGCGCUCGCCAUCAACCGCAUCUUCGCGAUGGCUCAAGGGAGCACACCGACACGUGACUGGCUCACGGAUUGGCAGAAGAUCGUGGCCACGCCCGAUCUGGACUUGCCAUUUCCGCAUCUACGCUGUGAGUUCUACAACAGGUCAUGUGUCGCUCCCAGCCUCGCACUGGGUGAUCGCGAGCAGUACAACACUUUCGCAGAGAUCAUCAACAAGGCGAGAGAGAUCAUCAAGACCAACAGGGCGGCCGCACACGAGAAGUCAACGUGGCAGCCAACCUAUGUGGAGAAGGUACGAACUGGUCCGCGACAGCAGCAGUUCGCUGCAGUCCAAUCGGACAGUGGAGAAGACCCAACAACCACUCCAGCAUCACGUGAGGGAGAUCAGGUGGCUGCUGUCCAGCCGCGAAGCGACAAGCCCCGAGUGAACGGGAAGGCGAAACCAGCAUCGCAGGCCGGAAACGGACAGCCAGCACCACCAUGGGUCAAGUUCGGCUUGACCGAGGUCGAGUACAAGUACCGCAACCGUUACGGGUGCUGUUACUGGUGCAACAGCACCAAGCACAAGACCUCCAUUUGCCAAGAUCAGGUCAAGGAGGAUGUGCGGCCUCAUUCGGCCGCCUUGCUAGCGGCCUCCUACACAUCUGGGGAGGAUGCGCAUGUCGCAAGUCCUCGGUACACUUACGAGGAUUAUGCUGUCCACUUGGUCCCACCGCUGGACCAACCGCUCCACGUGCAACAAUCUACCGCAUGCACGGUUUCAUCACCAUUGGCAACCGAUUCGGCACCUUCGCCGCUAUCUAUCGUCGGGGAUUCAUCGUCGUGGUCAAGACUUGAGGUGCUCGACCCACUGACGUUCACGGACUUCCAGUGGAUGCCCGUUCCCCAGACCGGACGAUUGCCGAAACCGCAUUGCAAUGUGCUCAUGGCACAACUACGAGAUUACUUGCACACUGCAGUACCAGCUCUGUUGAUGGACGCCGGAGUAGAGGUUGUCGACCUUCACACUUACAUUGCGAAGAUCGACCGCGAGUUCAAGAUGCAACGGUACGACGACAUCGACGCACCAUUGCUAUAUGUACGCAUUCAGAUCGGAGAGGCGACCUGCAACGCCUUGAUCGAUUGCGGAGCAUCUCGCAACUACAUCAGCCAGGACUUCAUGGUGCGCGCCGGCCUUGGCCCACGUGUCCGGAGGAAGUCCCAGCCUAUGCAAGUCACUUUGGCAGACGGUCAUACGCACAAGUCCAUCGACCAGUGCAUUGACGCCGUCCCCGUGUACUUUGCCCCUCACACAAGUGAGGCGGUGCCCUUUGAUAUUCUGGACACCAAAUUUGACAUGAUCUUGGGCAUGUCAUGGCUGCGAAGCGAGGAUCACCCGGUGAACUUCUUCCACCGCACCGUUCACAUUCGUGAUCGGAACGGAGUAUUAGUUCCAUGCACGGUACCUCUUCCUCAUCCUUCGAUCAACUGCCACGUGGUAUCCGCCGCAAGCAUGCAAGCAUCCAUCGUCAGAGACGACAUCGAGGAGAUGGGGGUGUGUUUUCUCCACGCCCUCCCGCCCCGAGACGCUUCAUCGACGGACUCAUCUUCGGAUCCACGCAUCACCGAACUUCUCGACGCCUACAGCGACGUGUUCGAAGGCCCGCACAGAGUAGUACCGGAUCGGCCCAUCCGCCACGAGAUCAUCCUCGAGGACGGGGCCGUACCUCCGCGCGGCUGCAUCUACCGAAUGAGCGAGGAAGAGUUAAGUGUGCUCCGUCCACAACUCGACGAUCUUCUAGAGAAAGGCUGGAUUCGGCCUAGCUCAUCGCCAUACGGUGCUCCUGUCCUCUUCGUCCGGAAGAAGAACAAGGACCUGUGGUUGUGCAUCGAUUAUCGCAAGCUCAACGCGCAGACGAUCAGGAACGCCGGCCCUCUCCCACGCAUCGACGACCUUCUCGAGCGAUUGGGCGGCGCCCAGUUCUUCUCUAAGCUGGAUCUCAAGUCAGGGUACCACCAACUCGAGAUUCGCAAGGAGGAUCGCUACAAGACCGCGUUUAAGACACGGUUCUUUUUUCUUUUAACAGUUACAGCCAUGUCAGGUUUUGAGUUUGAAAAGGCAAAAAAACAGUAUGCUGGGAGGUCUGUCGCGGCGGGAGUUUCGAAUGGGCAAAGAAAACAUAAAGCAGGGCUCUGCAGCCCAAGCGGGCUAGCUCAGAUGGUUGACCACCGAAAGGUGCCAGCUUGGAAGCAUGGAAUACAGGUUGCAAACACACAAGAUGAUUUGAAGAAUUUUGCAGCUACAGAGAAAGUAGUGAGCUAUGCAGGGUGUAGCCUCCCUCCGUUGUUGUCAGAUCAUCGACGUCAAGGACGGCGGUGGCGUUCUACCGUUCAGCUUCGAGCGGCUGCCGAAGGAGAAGAACGUGAGACGAACGGAAGAGGGUCUGCCUCGACUGGUGGUCCCGCAUCCGAUGCAUCCGACAUUGAAUUGCUGGAAGCGCGGCUUCAGUUGGGAAGGCGUGCGAGGCGGCGAGGGAAGAAGGGAGGAAAAGGAGGUGGUUCUGAAAAGAACAUUGGUCGCGCCAAUAGUGUGAAACCAGUGGGUGAGGAGACGGCAGACGAUGACACAUUCGCAAAGAUUCAUUGGGCCUCAGCUGGGGCUUUACGAACUACAAGAUGACUUGCUCUCCCCAUCCUAACAAAUUUUGCCCAAAAGA